CAGGUGGCCCCACGGACAGCAGCAGCAGCAGAUGCCCCUCCCAGCAGCCGCUUUUGCACGGAUUUUGGUUGUCAGUAGGCAACGGCUAUUCAAUACAAGGAUAAUACAUACAUCUGGCAGUGGAUAUUCAAUUACUCAAUGCCGUUUUUAUAAAACAACUCCUUGCCUCACCCACAAACAAUCCCAAAUUCUCGACCUAGACGCGCCAAAAUCACGUGAAAACCGGGAAAAGGAUGGCGGGAAGUCGAAAAAAUCGAAAAAAUCGAUUAAAUGGAGCACGGGCUCCGUUCUGAUGCUCACAAUACCCGUUUUCGCUUUUUCGUUGGGAAUUUGGCAGACUUUUCGCCUGAAAUGGAAGUUAGACCUGAUUGAGCAUUUGAAAGGGCGACUGAAUCAAACUGCACAGGAAUUACCUGAAGAUUUGAGUUGUGAAUCCCUCGAACCCCUCGAAUACUGUAGGGUUACUGUAACCGGCGAGUUUCUCCACGAAAAGGAGUUCAUCAUCAGUCCCCGAGGUCGUUUCGACCCCGGAAAGAAGACCAGCGCCGCCGCCGGCUCAAUGUUGUCUGAAAAUGAAAUGAGCAGUCAUGGAGGACACCUAAUCACUCCGUUUAGACUGAAAAAUUCGGGAAAAAUAAUCCUAAUCAACCGUGGAUGGCUUCCAAGCUUCUACUUUGACCCGGAAACCCGCCAAAAAACCAAUCCACGUGGCACCCUUACCCUGCCGGCAAUCGUCCGAAAAACCGAGAAACGGCCCCAAUUCGUAGGCCAAAAUGUGCCGGAACAAGGUGUUUGGUACUAUCGGGACCUGAAUCAAAUGGCUAAACAUUAUGGAACAGAGCCAGUGUUGUUAGAUGCAGCUUAUGAAACUACAGUGCCGGGUGGUCCAAUUGGUGGUCAAACCAAUAUCAACGUUCGGAAUGAGCAUUUGAACUAUUUGACGACUUGGUUCACACUCACUUUGGUCACAAUGCUCAUGUGGAUUCAUAAAUUCCGGAAAUAAUAUUUUUUCCUUCUGACGGGUUUUAUUUAGCUUUAUUCAGUUGUUUUUUUUUGUAGAAUUUUUAGAUUUAUAAAUUUUUGAAAAUUUUU